AUGGUACUACCGGGAAUUGGAGCUUGGUUCAUCCUGGCUUGGACGGUUGUGUCGACGCUGCCCUUCUUCCGACGUAUGAAGUACGAACUCUUCGUGGUACAGCAUAUCAUCUCAGUCGUACUACUUCUCGUCUUUUUGGUCCUCCAUGUUCCAGACCAUCACCUCUUUAGCAUCUGGUGCGCCGUGGGCGUUUUUGCAUACGAUGUAGUGACACGCUCGGCGAAUCCGAUCUGGCGGAACCUGCGGCUUCGGGUUUCGGGGAAUCCAUCUGUGAGAUACGCAUACGACGCCAGUAUCCAAGCAGUUGACGACGAAUUAACCACCAUGACUAUUCGAAAUGUUGACUUCAAGUGGAAGCCCGGACAGCAUGUUCUUAUCUGGUUGCCGACUUUCCGAUGGGAGACACCGCAUCCGUUUACGAUUGCUAAUAUUCUGGACUCUGAAGGCAAGAACCAGAAUGUUCAGCUUACGAUCAAGACGAAGACCGGAUUGACGAGGGACCUCAAUGAUUGGGCGAGGAGGACGGGAUUGAGGGGUGAUAAUGGGAGCAUGAGGGUUAUGCUUACAGGGCCUUUUGGUGCGACGCCCAACUGGAAGCAGUAUGAGAAUGUUGUUCUUGUCGCUGCGUCAACUGGAGGAUCGUUCACCACGCCUGUUCUCGAGGAUCUACUUUCGACGCAAUCGCCGGGGUGUGUUCGCAAGAUCAAUGCUUUGUAUAUUGUUCGUCGAAGGGCGCAUGCGGAGCCCUAUCUUCAGCGCAUAUCACGUGUGCUGUCGAGGGCGAAGGAGAUGGGCAUUUCGGUGAAUGUUCAAGUCGCGGUAACGAAGGGCGGCGGUACCGUUUCCGAUGCCGUUCUUCGUGACGACGCGAACGCAAGUCGCGAAAGAUUGAUCGAAGAGCCGAGAGGCCCAAGUGUUGAACUGGAGCGCUUCUCAAUAGACUCCCGUGCCUCUUCGGAGAGUGGUAGGGAGGAACAGUUGCUGAAGGAGGAGAUGGACAUGGACUUCGAUGGGGCACAUGCUUCGGCCAUUGAACACACAGAGGGUCGACCCGAGAUCGCGACGUUCAUCAGAACAGCGGUCGGCAAUGUUCCUGGGAAUGUUGCUGUCGCCGUGUGUGGUGGUGAUGCGAUAGAGAAGGUGGUCAAGACAAGUGUUGCGAUGAUGAAAAGGGAGAGGAGCAGGGAUGGAGGAGUAGGGGACAUAUACUUGCAUGUUGAGCGAUCUGAUAUUUAA